ACGGCGGAAAGCAGUGUGUGUAGCCGCCCAUAAUAAAAUAGCAGGAAUGGCAAGGAGGACUAAGGACAGAGGGAGCGGAGAGGGACUGUGAGAGCACAGGACACCUUCACAGCAGAUCGGAGGUCAGACAUGUUCCCUCUGGACACUCACUGGAACAUCUCCUUCGCUGGCUGCGGCUUCCUGGGGAUCUAUCACAUCGGGGUCGCCAGCUGUCUGAAGGAGCACACACCUUUCCUGGUGGAAAAUGCCAGAAACAUCUACGGAGCGUCUGCUGGAGCCCUGACCGCGACCGCCCUGGUCAGCGGAGCCUGUCUGGGAGAAGCUGGGGCAAACAUUAUUGAUGUCUCUAAGGAAGCCAGAAAACGGUUUCUGGGACCUCUGCAUCCAUCAUUUAAUCUGGUGAAGAUAAUCCGGAACUGCCUGUACAAGACACUGCCGGACGAUGCACAUGAAAGUGCUACAGGGCGGCUGGGAAUAUCCCUGACCCGUGUUUCUGAUGGAGAGAAUGUGCUUCUAACACAAUUCAACACCAAGGAAGAGCUUAUACAGGCCUGUGUAUGCAGUACCUUUAUACCUGUGUAUUGUGGACUCAUCCCGCCAUGCCUGCAAGGAGUAAGGUACGUGGAUGGAGGAAUUUCUGAUAAUCUGCCUCAGUAUGAACUGAAGAAUACUAUCACCGUCUCACCGUUCUCAGGUGAAAGUGACAUUUGUCCCCGUGAUGGCUGCACCAACAUUCAUGAACUCCGAGUCACCAACACCAGCAUACAGUUUAACCUCAGCAACUUGUACCGACUGUCAAAGGCCCUUUUUCCUCCAGAGCCCCAGGUGCUCAAAGACAUGUGUAAGCAGGGCUACAAGGAUGCGUUACAUUUUCUAAAGCGGAAUGGACUACUUAACCGGCCACAGCCUAUGAGAUGUCUUGCCCUGCCACCUGCUGCCAGUCCUCCUAAUCAGAAUGAGGAGAACAAUGAGGAGAAGGAACAGUCUGCAGAAAACUCUGCAGUGGAGGAGGUUGAGGAACAUGUGUUUGAGCAUCUUCCUCAGAGACUCAAUGAGGCACUAUUGGAGGCCUGUACAGAGAAGCGGAGUGUAUACCUAUCAAUAUCUAAUCUGUUGCCCGUACGCUUGGCAUCUGCAUUGAUGCUGCCCUACACUUUACCUCUAGAAUCUGCAUUGUCUUUCACGGUCAGACUUUUGGAAUGGCUUCCUGAUGUGCCUGAGGAUAUUCGGUGGAUUAAAGAUCAGACACGCAAAGUAUGUCGCUAUAUUCUAAGGAAAGCAAAGAAGAAGCUGGGCAGUCACAUAUCAGCCAGGUAUACACACAUGCUCUACUACCAUUUGGAGCUCAGAAGAUCUCAGAGCCUUCCUAUUCCCUUGGCCCUUGGAUCCCUUGGAUCCAGUGAGUCUUUGCCUAGGUGGAUUAGGAGCAGUACCUCCUUAAUGGACAUGAUGCAGAAAUGGGAGGAAUAUCAGAGGCAUCUGAUACCUGGACUGUUCUGUAUCAACGUGGAUAUGCAGGCCACACUCUACCACCAUCAACAGCCACAACAACAUCCUGGGCUUUCCAUGGAUCCUGACAGUCUGCUAAUGGUAGAGGUGUCCAAUCCAAACAGCUUGGAAGCACCAUGAUGGCCAAAUAUGGAUACCAGAGCCCUGGAUAAGGACCUUUAUUUUUCAGUGGUUAUUUUACCAAAUGAUGUUUGACCAAGGUCACCUAUAGGGUUUUUUUUUUUAUAUAGUUCUAUGGUGAAAUGGUAUUAUAAACACAGCUUGACCAGUUUGGGUCUGUUUUAUCCAUCAUUGGAAAAUGCCAGUGAAGUUUAAACAAGAUGGUGCCAUUAGAGAAUGUUUAUGGUCUUGUGGGACCAUAUUCAGCUAACCACAAAGAAAACACUGAAAUACCAGUGUUAUUAAUAAGAAGAUAUGUUGUGGAUAAUAAAUGGUCAUCAGAAAGGUGUUAAAACUCAACAAAGCAAUGCAAUUGAUAUGAGUAGAAGAAUACAAGGUAUUGGGUAUCAUUUCAUUAAGUCAGAUCGGGUGCGUUUUUAAUUUGCAACUUUGUUUAGACAGAAAAUUUUCCAAAGAUUAGUGGUAAGUUUAAUGGUAUAUGUUUACUAUUACUAAAACCAGCGCGUUCUAUUCUUCAUUGUAUGCUAAAUAUGCUCAAAGUCUACAGAAAAUGUGAGCGGAUCUGAUCUUUUCCUUUGUUUCUAUGUACAACCUGUGCCUGCUAUCACCAUUAGGAGAGUAUUGCGAGUCCAGGCAUUCAGGCUACUUGUUUGAGGAUAAGCAGAUAUCUCUCUGCCCUUCGUUCUCUGGCAUAUUUGCUUGUCUGUGGCCCCCGGAGUAGUAAAGGCUCUGCAGAUUCAUUCAGUUCUUGAAUUCUAUUUCAGUUGGAUGUUCCUGCAGUGGUAUGUAGGAAAUCCUUGGCCGAUAGGCUCCUUAGGCCCUAUAACAUGCCCCAAAAUAGCAAAGUUUUCUGUACGUGGCCUCCUACAUACAAUUGUAUUAUCUUCACCCAAAUGCCUCUUCAGCCUCACAAACCCCACUUUAUAAUGUUAGUAACCUUUUUUCGAUCAUAGAUGGUUUUAGGUUGGAAACCUCCUAAAGAUAUUCUUGUAUCUACUUAUAUAUACAUUUUAUAUUGGGUUAGGUUAAGGUUUAGUUUUAAGAGGGUAUGGCAUGUUUUCUAGCUUCAGAAGGCUGACAGAUAUGUGGCAAUGUUGGAAAUGACAGUCACUGUGCAGAACUACAUCAAGUAAAAUGUUCUCCAGCAAUAUUUCAUUUUUGAAGGGCCUACAUUUGUUAAGUGCAUCCACACACAUUCUGUUGCACAGUAUUGUGCAUUGGGUUAAGGCAGCCCAUUCAUUUUAACUGGGUUGCCAUCACAUGUCUUACAUUGGACAAGACCCAUUUUUUUGCAACUAACGUGCGAUGCCAUAUGUUGCGGCAUGCUACAACACAUGGAUGGUGCCGCAAUGUACCAAAGUGUGUAACUUGUGUUAUCACAACACACCCCUGUAACAAAUGUAUCGUUGAUUAAGAGGGGAAAGUAUGUAGAUUUUUUUUCAUGCAUAGAAUACUUUGAAAGGCAUUGAAAGUGUAAUCCGCAUUGCUUAGAUUUAAACCAUCUUUAUAAUAAAAGCCCAAACUCCAGCUAAAACUUUGCUUUGGUAUUGGAUAGGGUAGAGAAGCGAUUAUCGCGAUUUGUCCCUUUUUAAGGAGAUUUGCGUCACUUACAGUUGUGGUGACAGACAAUAAUAGGAACUCUCUACAAUGGGGGAAAAACCAUGGG